CCCUGACGAUUUCUCUGCCUGUUGAAGUCUGUACUCUACGUUUGUAUAUACGCAUCUAAAAAAAAAGAAUUUUGAUGCUUAAACACCAGCAUUCCUGCACCUUCCCGUGCUCAGGACCCUGAGCUCUGCGAGGCCCAGGAACAUGGAGGCCGUGAGGAGGGCUUUGCAACCAGAGCCUCACUUCACUGACUCCUGCCGCAGGGGUGGGACUGUGGGGGGCACAUGGGGAGGGCUCCCCAGUCAGUUUCCUGAACGUCUCAGACCAGAGCUGGGCUUUGGCUCUGUCAUGAGUCACCUCUGCUGUUUUCGGGGUGACCUUUGGGUCACUUGGCUCUGCUCUGUCACAGCCACCCUGCGUUGGUGCCCUGGCUCAGCCAGGUGUCUGGUGGGGAUGGGUGCCUCUCCUCCCCAGCAUGAGGGCAGCUGAGCCCCAUGGAAGCACUAGGCCUUGGGGGAGAAUUGGAGGCGAUGAUUCUGAGUUGGCCACAUCCUGGGCCCCCUUCCUGGAGCCUCCCUUAGCUCCCUGCCUGGGCCAGUGAGAGGCCCAGGCUGCAUUCCUCUUCCGCCUCCAGUUCCCACUGACCACGUGGCCCAGAGUGGUCUUCUCUCCUGUCUGUCCUCCCUCACUGGGUCAUAGCUGUGGGAUGCGGGAGGCAACCAGGGGCUCAGGGUGCAGUGUCUGGCACACACUUCUGGCUCACCUGGUCACUUAAUGGGCCUGGAGUACUUGUAUUAUGGAUGGAUGAGAGUGUCACCCCAGUACCUUUGCAAGCUGAGCACACACAUCCCUGUCUCCACUGCCCUAAGCUUUCCUCACAGCUUGCGGUGAGGCCGGGUCUGCCCUCCGUGCAGGUGGUUAUGUGCUGGGUGCCAAGCAGUGUGUGCGCCACCCACCCCGGGGUGGCCUGCAGCACUCGGGUGCGUGCCCCUGGCGUCUGACUCAGUGGGGAGGGCCUGCCUCGGCUUUGGGGGGGGUCGAUGUUCCCGUGGGCGGGGUGCUUUGGGCCUGUUGCCACUCUCCUUGCUGGCACCUGUCUCUGACUGGGAUUCAGCGUCCUCACUCCCUGAGCUGUCUGUGCCAUUGGUUCCCGGGGCUCCUGUGUGGCACUUGGGGCUGAGUAAUAGCACAGAAACUCGGUUCCAGUGGGAGGAGGCAGGUGAGCAGAACCUAGGAGAAUGUCAGGAGCCAACGGAAAGGAAGAGGACACAGAGGCAGCAGGAUUCUCAGGUCUGAACAAGACACCUCGACUGCUGUGCAGAGGGCAUUUCAGGGGGGCCAGAGGAGCACCCAGAGGUCAGGAGAGUGAGGGUGCAGGCCAGAGCCCUACCAGGACCCCAGGCCAAGCUGGGAGGGCUCGGAAAGCAGACACGCAGAGGCCCCUCACUGGUCGGCCAGGGGUCAGAGCCCAGCACAGUGACUCAGAUUCCGACCCCGAGUAUGCGUCCCUGCCAUCGUCCAUCCCCAGUGCUGUGCCUGUGACCGGGGAGUCUUUCUGCGACUGUGACAGUCAGAGUGAGGCCUUCUGCGGCAGCCUGCACACCACCCACCGGGGCAGGGACUGCCGCUGCGGGGAGGAGGACGAGUAUUUUGACUGGGUCUGGGAUGACCUAAAUAAGUCCUCAGCCACCCUGCUGAGCUGUGACAACCGGAAGGUCAACUUCCACAUGGAGUACAGCUGUGGCACAGCGGCCAUCCGGGGCACCAAGGAGCUGGGGGAGGGCCAGCACUUCUGGGAGAUCAAGAUGACCUCGCCCGUCUAUGGCACCGACAUGAUGGUGGGCAUCGGGACAUCGGACGUGGACCUGGACAAGUACCACCACACAUUCUGCAGCCUGCUUGGCCGGGAUGAGGACAGCUGGGGCCUCUCCUACACAGGCCUCCUCCACCACAAGGGCGACAAGACGAGCUUCUCCUCCCGGUUCGGCCAGGGCUCCAUCAUUGGCGUGCACCUGGACACCUGGCACGGGACGCUGACCUUUUUCAAGAACAGGAAGUGCAUAGGAGUGGCGGCCACCAAGCUGCAGAAUAAGAGGUUCUACCCAAUGGUGUGCUCCACGGCGGCCAAGAGCAGCAUGAAGGUGAUCCGCUCCUGCGCCAGCAUCACCUCCCUGCAGUACCUGUGCUGCUACCGCCUGCGCCAGCUGCGGCCCGACUCCAGGGACACGCUUGAGGGCCUGCCCCUGCCACCUGGCCUCAAGCAGGUGCUGCACCACAAGCUGGGCUGGGUCCUGAGUAUGAGCUGUGGCCACCACAAGCCCCCCACCCCCUCGCCUGUGGCCGAUCCCACCAGCCCUGAGACCCGGCGCUGCCAGAGGAAGCGCUGCCGAAGGACCUAG